UUUUGUUUUGUGAACAACCCAAACACGCCUCAAUCAUUCACAGCACAGUACCAGAAACCCCCCCAAGCAGGACUUAGUUAAAACCCUAGCUCUCCCUCUCUACUCUACGUUCUCUCUCUCAACUCACACACACUCAGUCGCGCGAGAAGCUCGCAUCUAGCAAUGGCAGCCAUGCUGCAACCCCAAAUCAUACUGCUCAAGGAAGGGACUGACACAUCCCAAGGGAAACCACAAUUAAUAAGCAAUAUAAAUGCAUGUGUGGCUGUGGCUGAUGUUGUGCGAACCACUCUUGGUCCAAGGGGCAUGGACAAAUUGAUCCAUGAUGAGAAGGGAAACACCACCAUCUCUAAUGAUGGUGCCACCAUAAUGAAGCUUCUUGACAUUGUUCAUCCUGCUGCCAAGAUCCUUGUGGAUAUUGCCAAGUCUCAAGAUUCUGAGGUUGGUGAUGGAACCACUACUGUGGUUCUGCUUGCAGGAGAGUUCCUAAAGGAAGCGAAACCUUUCAUUGAAGAUGGAGUUCACCCUCAAAACCUUAUCCGUAGUUAUCGAACAGCUUCUUAUUUGGCCAUUGAGAAGGUUAAAGAAUUAGCCGUUAGCAUAGAAGGAAAAAGCUUGGAAGAAAAAAAGAGUUUGCUAGCUAAAUGUGCUGCUACAACCCUUUCUUCAAAGCUCAUUGGUGGCGAAAAGGAGUUCUUUGCAACCAUGGUGGUGGAUGCUGUCCUUGCCAUUGGAAAUGAUGAUAGGUUGAACAUGAUUGGAAUAAAGAAGGUUCCUGGAGGUACCAUGAGGGAUUCUUUUCUAGUGGAUGGUGUGGCUUUCAAGAAGACCUUCUCAUAUGCUGGUUUUGAGCAACAACCAAAGAAAUUUGUCAACCCCAAGAUACUUUUGCUAAACAUCGAAUUGGAGCUAAAAUCCGAGAAAGAAAAUGCAGAGAUAAGAUUGUCCGACCCAUCACAGUAUCAAUCGAUUGUAGAUGCAGAAUGGAAUAUUAUUUAUGACAAGUUGGAUAAAUGCGUGAAAAGUGGAGCUAAAGUAGUUUUGUCUCGGCUUGCUAUUGGUGAUCUGGCUACUCAGUAUUUUGCAGAUCGUGAUAUAUUCUGUGCUGGUCGUGUUACUGAAGAAGAUUUACAGAGGGUUGCGGCAGCUACUGGUGGAACUGUGCAGACAACCGUGAACAACAUAAUUGAUGAGGUUCUUGGAUCUUGUGACCUGUUUGAGGAGAGGCAAGUUGGAAAUGAGCGAUUUAACAUAUUCAGUGGAUGUCCAUCUGGUCGAACUGCCACAAUCGUUCUUCGUGGUGGAGCAGAUCAGUUUAUUGAGGAGGCGGAGCGAAGUUUACACGAUGCAAUUAUGAUUGUUAGGAGGGCUCUAAAGAACUCAACUGUAGUUGCUGGUGGUGGUGCUAUUGAUAUGGAGAUAAGCCGAUAUUUGAGGCAGCAUGCACGUACCAUUGCUGGGAAGUCCCAGCUUUUUAUAAACUCUUAUGCCAAAGCACUUGAGGUAAUCCCCCGGCAACUUUGUGACAAUGCUGGUUUUGAUGCUACUGAUGUGUUGAACAAAUUGAGACAGAAACAUGCUCUUCCAUCUGGUGAGGGCGCACCUUAUGGUGUAGACAUCAAUACUGGUGGAAUUGCUGAUUCAUUUGCCAACUUUGUGUGGGAGCCGGCAGUUGUUAAGAUUAAUGCCAUAAAUGCAGCUACAGAAGCAGCUUGCCUGGUCUUGAGUGUUGAUGAGACUGUGAAGAACCCCAAGUCGGAGAGUGCACAAGGAGAAGCUGCAGCAAGUGCUAUGGGUGGUAGAGGCCGAGGCCGAGGUGCUUUCCGUGGUCGUGGCCGUGGGAUGAGGCGGUGAUAGGGCUUUUGAAGUCUUAUCAUACACUGAAGCAUUUUGGCUGAGUUUUGGUUUUAUUUUAAUAUUUUUUCCUUUUCCUUUUUUUUGGUUCCUGUUUGUGUUUUCCCCCCUCCCUCCUAACUCCAUGUAUUUUGGCUAAAUUUAAGUUGCAUCGUUCUUUUUCUUUAUGAUGUAUUAAUACUUAUGGCAUUCGAAUUUUUGUAGUGGUGUUUAUGGACAUUUAUAUUCGUCUUAGCAAUGGUUGAUCU